AAUAUAUAUGAAUAACUUUGACAUUCAUCAAGUGGCAAUUGCGUGACCAAUUGACGACUCUCGGGUGACAAUGACGUUUGUAAAGGGAGAAUAACAUUAUCAAUUUCUUUCGAUAGAGGCUCUAUAACUUGAUGUAAUGUGAAAUAAACGAUAACAAACACUUGUAGUGAAUUGUUAUCCACUUAUCGACUCAAAAGCGGCGCUAUCAUUCCGCUUAUUAUUUAAAGGCACGGUUUACGACCAGAUCAUACAGCAAUGCCGCUCCAACAGUCAAAAUGUACAUCGACGGACAAUUUGUAGAUUCAAAGGCCACAGAGUUCACGGAUGUCCACGAUCCGGCGACGAAUGAAUUGCUGUGCCGCACUCCAAAAUGUACGAAGGACGAAAUGGAAAGUGCGGUACAGAGUGCACGGAAAGCAUACGAGAAGUGGCGGCACACCAGUGUACUAACGAGGCAAAAUUUAAUGCUGAAGUAUCAGGCUCUCAUCCGCAAACACUCGAGGGAAAUUGCGAAAAAUCUCGUGAAAGAAAAUGGAAAAACUAUAGCCGAUGCGGAAGGAGAUGUGCUUCGAGGCCUUCAGGUUGUCGACGCCUGCACGUCGAUUCCGAUGCUCCAAAUGGGCGAAUCUACGGCCAACAUCGCUACAGACAUGGAUAUCGUUUCGUAUAAAGUUCCUCUUGGUGUUACCGCAUCUAUUUGUCCCUUCAACUUCCCUGCCAUGAUCCCGCUCUGGUCGUUUCCGAUAUCGGUCGCAUGCGGAAACGCCGCAAUUUUGAAGCCAUCAGAGCGAGUACCAGGUGCGUCCAUGAUCCUCGCUGAUCUCUUCACAAAAGCCGGCGCACCAGCUGGCCUUUUAAACGUUAUACACGGUCAGCACGCAGCCGUGGAUUUCAUUUGCGAGCAUCCUGAUAUCAAAGCAGUUUCCUUCGUCGGUUCUGAUCAGGCGGGAAAGUAUAUUUACAAGCAGAGCAGUGCGCACGGCAAGAGAGUGCAGUGCAACAUGGGUGCUAAGAAUCAUUGCAUCAUUUUACCGGAUGCGAAUAAGAACAAGACACUGUCACAAAUCGCCGGGGCGGCUUUCGGCGCCGCCGGACAACGAUGCAUGGCACUCUCCGUGGCCAUCUUCGUGGGCAAAUCUAAAGAAUGGAUACCGGAAUUAGUAGAGGCGGCGAAGAGACUACAAGUAAACGCCGGUCAUGUGCCCGGCACCGAUCUCGGACCUGUUAUAUCACCACAGGCGAAACAGAGAAUCUGUCAAUUGAUCGAGUCUGGCGUUAAAGACGGCGCGAAAUUGCCUCUCGACGGAAGAGGCAUCGUUGUGCCCGGCUACGAAAACGGAAACUUUAUUGGACCUACAAUAUUAACUGAUGUUAAGCCUACAAUGAAGUGUUACACGGAAGAAAUAUUUGGGCCGGUCUUGUCGUGCGUGUUCGCCAAUACGACCGACGAGGCCAUCGACAUCAUCAAUAAAAACCCUUACGGCAACGGCACAGCAGUUUUCACGACAAAUGGCGCCACAGCCAGGGCAUUCGUGAACAGAAUCGAAGCCGGCCAAGUCGGCGUUAAUGUUCCCAUCCCCGUCCCGUUGCCGAUGUUCAGCUUUACCGGCAACAAGGGUUCUUUCCUCGGUGAUAACCACUUUUAUGGGAAAUACGGGGUGAACUUCCACACGCAAACGAAGACGGUAACGCAAUUGUGGAGAUCUGACGAUGCUAGUGAUAUUGCGUCGUCAACAGCGAUGCCUACCAUGCAAUAAGACUGUAAUUAAUACUAUAAUUCUACGACAUGUUAAAAUAUCUUCCAUAGUUUUCAAAUUUUACAAAUAAGAUUAUGCAAAGGGAGCGAGAAUUUCAACCAAGCAGGCUGUCUGCUUGUAAACGAUGUCUUCCAUUUAAUGUCUUCAUUAAAAAUAAAUCUGUUUCUAUAAAUGCUAAGCUACUGUUAUAGUCUGCAUAGACUGUAUAUAUUUUUUAUAAUAUAAUAAAGUAUAGUUCUUCGAAAAUA